CGUGACGGAAGCGCGCAGGGGUGACCUCACCGUCCAACAUGGCGGCGGCGGUAGAUUAGGGCCGCGGUUCGAAGCAGCCACUGCCGCUCCCGGACUCUGUGGGAAGCACCUGCUGCCGCCGCCGUCUCCUUCAUCCCUUCUGGGGUAGGGCUGGGGCCAGAUUUCCACCAUCCAUAGAUAGACCUCUUUGGAGCUCCUCCAGCCAAUUCAAUGGCGUCCUCUACUACCGUGCCUCUAGGAUUUCACUAUGAAACAAAGUAUGUUGUUCUCAGCUACUUGGGACUUCUCUCUCAGGAGAAACAAGAAGGUCUCUCAUCCCAAGGAUACCACCAUGUUGCCCAGGCUGGCUCUGUACUCCUGAUCUCAAGUGACCCUCCUGCCAUAUCCUCCACAGGAGUUCAACUAGACGUUGCUCCACAGUCUUUGGACCCAGAAGUUUUAUUAAAAGUUAAGUCUGAGAUUGAAGAAGAACUGAGAUCCUUGGACAAAGAAGUCUCUGAAGCCUUCACCAGCACAGGCUUUGACUGUCACACCUCACCUGUGUUUAGCCCUGCUAACCCGGAAAGCUCAAUAGAAGACUGCCUGGCCCAUCUUGGAGAAAGAGUGUCCCGGGAUCUGAAAGAGCCUUUGCAUAAAGCAUUGCAAGUGAUUCUCAGCCAGCCAAUGACUUAUCAGGCAUAUCGUGAAUGUACAGAGGAGACUGCAGUUCAUGCCAGCGGUUGGAAUAAGAUUUUGGUGGCUCUCAUUUUGCUGCAACAAAUGCUUCUGGAAUUGACACAGCGCGGUCAAGAGCCCCUCAGUACCCUGCUGCAGUUUGGUGUGACGUAUCUGGAGGACCAUGCAGCCGAGUUCAUCAUUCAACAAGGUGGCUGGGGCACUGUCUUUAGUCUUGAGUCUGAGGAAGAAGAAUACCCUGGAAUUAUCGCAGAAGAUAGUAAUGACAUUUAUAUCCUGCCCAGUGACAACUCUGGACAAGUCAGUCCCCCAGAGUCCCCAACGGUGACAACAUCUUGGCAGUCUGAGAGCCUACCUGUCUCCCUGUCUGCUAGCCAGAGUUGGCACACGGAGAGCCUCCCGGUGUCCCUUGGGCCUGAGUCCUGGCAGCAGAUCGCCAUGGACCCUGAAGAAGUGAAAAGCUUGGACAGCAGCGGGGCCGGGGAGAAGAGCGAGAACAACUCCUCCAACUCCGACAUCGUGCACGUGGAGAAGGAGGAGGUGCCCGAGGAGGCGUGCCCGGGAGCCGCUGCUGCCCCGCUCCCACAGACCACUGCCAAGGAAGCCAGCCCCACUCCGUCUGUGUUUGUGGAGUUUGGUGAGGAGGAGCUGGAAGCAGCGGCAGUGAGACCUGUUGCCUUGGAGGGGGCGGAGCAGGCCGUCCCGCUGAGUGCCGAGGGGGCUGGGAGCAGGAGAGAGAGCCGCGCUGGGGAGCCCACCGCUGCCGGGGGCGCCAAGGGCGCCGUUGCCUCUGAGGGCAAGGCUGUACUGCUGUUCGGAGGGGCUGCUGCAGUGGCCAUCCUGGCAGUGGCGGUUGGAGUUGCGUUGGCUCUGAGGAAGAAGUAGUAGCUUUUUCAGACGAGAAAGAAGACAAAAGGACCUACGGCUUUAGUUGUAUUCACUGGAACAUAGACUGCCAGCAGCCGAGUGGACAUUUACAGGACACUGGGGAAUUGGGCUUUCUAUUCAGCGUGGCAGUGGCUUGAGAUAGAGUGUUCACCUUGGCCUGCUGGUCAUCCUGAGGGCCUUGGCUCCUGCUAGGUUCGUCAGGGUAAGAGUGAAGUCCCCAUCUAGAACAGGCCUGUCGACUUGGGCACGCUAGACCUUCUCUGUGGGAGGCUGCCCUGUGCAUUAUGUGUUGGCUGGCAACAUCUCUGACUUCUACCCCACUAGAUGCCAUUGUCACCCCGAAAUGUCUCCUACAUUGCCAAAUGUCCUCUGUGGACAAAGCCAUCCCUGUUGAGGGCCACUGCUUUAAGGGAUAGGGUUCAGUUAAGAGAAUCUGGGGGAGGACGCCACAGCUGGGGACAGUCAGCUCUUCAUGCUGCUGCAGUUUCUCGUGAGGUGAACUUCUGUGCUGUCUGUCUGCAGCUGCUGUUUUUCUGGUUCCCCAUUCUGUAGCGUGAGGUACUCUCCCACACUGCACCAUCGCCCUGUACCCCUUUCACACCCAACAAAGCCCCAAGCUUCCCACGGCUCCAUCCUUCAAAGAUGCUGCCUUUAGGAUCCUUUUAAAAGGUAAAUACCCAGGCCAGGUUUGGUGGCACCAUCCGUAAUCCCAGUAUUUAGGAAGUAGAGGCAAGGAGAUUAUCACAAGUUCGAAGCUAGCCUGGUGUAAUACUGAGUUUGGAACCAGCCAGGACUGCAUGGUGAAACCUUGUCUCGAGAAAAGAUAACCACACUGAAGCUGUGUAGGAGACCUAGGGUUCCCUAGUCUGAUUGCCAGUGCAGGUUACAGGCUGCAGUCAUUGUUGGUUGAGGCAGGAAGGUGGUCUACACACCCUGUCAAGGUCGCUUGGGCCUCUUACAGGUGUAGCCAAACCCCCACGUGCCUAUGACUUGUCAGUGACACCUCUGACGGCAUGUGCACUGUCUGGAACCCUGGGCUAGUGCUUCCCAGUACCUGACCUCGGUCAUUGGGACAUCAUCAACUUCUCUGUGGGUCUCUUGUCAUGAAGGAACCAGUGUCAUCCUUUGGCUUAUAAAACAAGUUGGAUCAUAAUCCUUAUUCAAUGUAAAUCAUUGAAAUAAAUGAUAAAAUUUUAUCAUUUAAUAUUAGGUAUCACUUAAUGAAAAGUGGGACAGAAACUUGAAUUUAAGACCAAAACUGCUGCUAUGGCACUGUUGGGUCCUCUGAAUUCAAGAGGGGAGCUCUUGGUCUGAAUCUCGUUUGCCCGAUGCCAGGGGACAGACCAAGAGGAUCCACACACUCACUCUAGCUAGUGGGACUCGGCAGGACCUUCUGUCACUUGGCUGAUCCCAUCCCUCAAGGAGGGGUGGAACCUGCCCCGCUCCUGCCUGCGGGCCACAGUGCCACCCGCAAGGCACACAUGCUUGGUAAGAAGUCUUCUCAGAUUUAACUUAGUCAUGUAACAUUACUUCUUAGAUCCUGAAAUUUAUAAUAAAAUACUUUUAACUACUCUGAUCACCAAGAGCUGAUGUUUUAAAUGUGCUUGAUUUUUUUUUUAAUUAUUUUUUUAAGAAACUAUCCCUAAAAAAGUACUUCAAUGAGUCGAUCAAGAUGAGAUUAGAGCAUGUUAGUGUGUCCUGUCCAUGUGUCCCACUGUGAUGCCUUGUGAGUUUGUGUCCCACGUAGGGAGUGAUGGUUAUAAGGGCUUUAGUGUAGGUGGAGGUGAUGGGAGUAGCUUUGUCAGUUCUCACAGGUGACAUGGCCCUAUAUUCUGUCUCAUGGGUCAGAGACUGGUGGGUCACCUUGAUUUUUUUUUUUUUUUUUUUUUUAGAUUUUUCUUCCAGUGUUAACCCUUUGCAACUUUGGGUUUUCACACCCACUGGUAUAGCCCAUUUAAGGGCUAACAGCCAUGUUCAGGUGCGAGUGGCCAAGAAGGCAGGAACAGGGAAAUGUGAUACUGAGCUAAUUGCUUGUUGCUGUAUUUUACUCCCUGUGAUCACUAGCCUAAUUUGCCCAGGUGUAUUUUUCUGGCUGAUGGUAAGUAGGUAACUUCUCAUUGGUUCUCUCCACACGGAAUGUUAUCCCCGGAGAUAGGUGUGUGGUAUUUCAUUGCCCUGUGCUUGACAGUGGUAUGGAGUAGCCACCACAAGGUGGUUCUGUCACCGCAUUCCUAGGUUUGCCAUUACUUUAAACAAAUUAAAUAGGCAGGCUCCCUAUGUAGCCUAGGUUGGUCUUGAACUUGUAGUCCAGCCUCAGGACUGAGAUUACAAGCAUGUGUGUCACCACACCUGGUCUUGCUGUUACUUUACAAUUAGUUGUCAAGUCCUUUUUCUUCUGGGGGACCGACACUCAGUGAAACGACUAAUGCUUACUUAGCCAAAAGCCACAGAAACACCAAAACUAAAGAAUGCCAACUUAAUUUUAUAUACCGAGUGACAAAUCUGAGUCCAGAGUGCCUUAGCAGGAGGGACUUGCAUGAUCAUCACUGCCUUCUAGAAGAUGGUCUAGAUCAGCAGUUCUCAACCUGGGGCAUGGAGACCCCUCGGGUGUGUGUGUGUGUGUGUGUGUGUGUGUGUGUGUGUGUGUGCGCGCGUGCGUGCGCCGAAUAUCAGCCUGCAUAUCAGGUAUUUACAAUUCAUAGCAGUAGUAAAAUUGCAGUUACGAAGUAGCAAUGGGCAUAAUUUUAUGGCUGGGGUCACCUCCCCACAACAUGGAAGGUUGAGAAGCGCUGCUCUAGAUCAGCGUGCUUGUUUGGCCCUGUUCAUGUAAACCUCACCCAAAGCAUCCUGGCCCCUCUCGCCUGGGUUCCAGUCUCUGCAGGGAUCAUUUGUCCUUGGGGGAGGGAAGUUCUCGGAGCCCUGCUCUUGAAACCGCAGCUGCCACUGUUCAUCCUCGCCUCUGUGCGAAGUCCCCAGUCAGCAGUGCCUGCUCUGCAUUGUGCUCCUAGGUGACAUGUGGGCAUUUGACAUGUUAAGACUACUUUAUAAGGACUACGCUUUCUAGCUAAGAAAAAAGUUCUUUAUUUUAGGUCUUCAUGAAUUCUAUGAGUUCUCUGCUCAGUAGUAUACCAGCCCUGCCCCCCCCUUACACACACUCUCUCUGUCUCUGUCUCUGUCUCUCUCUCUCACACACACACACACACACACACACACACACUCACUCACUCUCAACACCAGUGCAGCACUGAGAACCUGCCUUUGUGAGGUGGCUGUGGUGUGCCUGGGUAUUUUUUUUUUUUUUUUUUUUUUUUUUUUUUGGUUUUUCGAGACAGGGUUUCUCUGUGGCUUGUGCCUGGGUAUUAUACCUUCUAAGUGAGCUUUGUAUAGGCCGUUGCCACUUUUGCUGCUAUUAAUUAAGCACUUAGGAAUACAUGCCAGAGGCUGGAGGACUUUCAUACCUACGGCUCCUUCAGGCCCUAGGAGCCGCUCAUACUUUACUGAGUAGGAUUAUACCCAGAACUCCUGGUUCAUCUAGUCGCCUAGCUUAUCAAAGGCAAGGCACUGAGUGAAAAUUCUUGAUUCCAGGCCACGUGGUUUUUCCUAGUGACCUUACUGGUUCUGGCGAGUCCCCAUAAACAGUUGUGUUAGUUUAUUGCACACAGCAGAGUAAGUGUAGCCUAUGCUCACUUGUUUCUGUGGAGUACCAUAUAGGCUAGUCUACCUACUGAACUCAUUGAGUACAGAAAACUAAGGAGUGUAUACGCAGUGACUUCCGAUUGCACUGUCCUCCCGUUAGCCCCUGGGUGAGAUGCCUCAGGGCUACCCUAUGGCAGUUGAUUUUUCAGUAGUGUUCUUAUUUAAUGCCUUGUCUCCUUGCAAUAAACAAGGUUAGGCCAUCUGACACAGCUGCCAUCACCAGACAUGCACUGUGACAGGUGAAGGCAGCCACUUGACACAUCUCUCCCUUUUGGCAGGUUUUUUGUUUAUUAGACAGGAUUUCUUAGUAGCUAUGGAGCCAGUCCUGGAACUCAUGCUGUAGACCAGGCUGGCCUGGAACUCAGCAGAGAUCCCCCUGCCUCUGCCUCCCAAGUAUUGGGGUUAUAGGCAUGUGCUACCACUCCCUGGAUCCUUUUUGAUCCCACUGGUCCUUUUCCCUUGUGGUGGCCAUCAAUAGUCCGGGUAGGCAUAUGGAGGGACAUAGGGACACUUAGAGGAUCUUGGAUUGUUGGCACUCAGACUCAGGGAUGACCAGAUAGUCUUCCAUCUUACUCAUUUGACAAGAGUGCUUCCCAGUGAAAUCCUGCCACAGAACAGACUCCACUCUGGUUUUACAGCUAUGUAGCCUUUAAGUAGAGCUGCAUGGAGAGCUAGAAGCUGUUGUUAAAGGUGAACACACUGUCUUCUUCACACAGCCCUCCCCCGAGCCCCAGCUUAGCUUGCCAUGUCCGUUUGCCAGUUAGGGCCCUUCCCAUGCCCAUGUUUACACAAGGCCCAGCCCCUCAGCCGCUUCAGUAUCGCUCAGGUCAGAACUGUCUCAGGGACACUCGCAAGGCCUCUGCCCAAGUCAGAGCAGCCAGCUCGGGAUUCUCCUGUUCUCUAAGAGGGUUAUUUUAGACACUGCUUCUGCAGACCUGUUCUUUGUGUCACAGAAGGACUGGUUACUGGACAUAUCCCUCCGGCAAACGUUUUUACAUGAAAAGCUAUGAAUUUAUCUGUGUGUGUGGAUACAUGCUACAGUGUGUGGGGGGAGGGGUCAGGGGACAACCUGUGAGGUCACUUCUCUCCUUUCACCGUGGGUCCCGACACCUAGUGGAAGGCACCUUUACUCGUGGGGCUUUCUUGCCAGCACGUUUUGUCAACUUGAGAGGACAGGCUUGUGGAGGCCUUCCCCACCCAGCAAGGUGAACUACAUCUUCCCUUGGUGAGGUCUGAAAUGGUCUGUCUGGUCCCUGUGUACAUGGGUCAUUUAUUGGCCAGCAUGGAAGGAAAUUUUUUUUUCCCGAACCUAUAUUUUCCCUGCUUUUGUAAUCUUUCUCCCUUCAGAUUUAAAGUGCCUCUUUCUCAUAGCUCCUUGGUUAAACUUUGUUACUGGUUCUAGUACCUUGUUGUCCCCCUCCCCAAAGUACUGGAAUGGUAAUUAUUAACAUAGCAGAGUCAGGCAGAUAUAGUUGUUGGCCCAGGGUGCAUGAAGCUCUGGGUUCGAUCCUAGCACCACGUUAACUGGGCAUGCCAUACAUUACCUGUAAUCCCAGCACUCAGUUGAAAGAAGGAAGAUGAUGUUCAAGGCCAAACUUGGGUAAGAGCUAAAGGUCAGCUUUUAAUACAUGGGCUCCUAUUUUAAAAAAUAAAAUUAGCAUCAGGCAUGGUGGCUCACACCUUUAGUCGCAGCACUCGGGAGGUAAAGGCAGGCGGACCUCUGUGAGUUCAAGGCCAGCCUGGUCUACAGAGUUCCAGGACAUUCAGAGCUGUCAUACAGAGGAACCCAGUCUUGAAAAAUAAAACACCAAAAAUAAAAAAAUGAAACAACCUAUUGUAAGUGUUCGACUCAGGCAGCACUCAUUUCCAGUGUGCCUGUCAGCCCUGACUGCAAUUAUCUGACUUGCUCUACUCAUUAUUGUGAAUUGUUUUGGCUCCUUUCCCAUCCUGUUGCCUACUUUGUGCCCAAUCUGUUCUUUAUGGGAAGUGACAAAAGUCUACAAACUGCCUUCAGUCAGAAGCAACGUCUUGGGGGAAGCACCCUGGAGGUGACAAUAAAAUGAGAUUUUAUGGUAA